GAACUCCGUAUAUCAUUCCUAAAGAGACAAUAUGACUUGCAUAAAUACCUGUGGGUCCUCGGUUCUGCAUAAACGGCACUACGGAGGAGCGCAUGCAGGCUCGCUUCAACUCGAGAUCCAAUAUAUUCAAUGAUGUUAGGGUGUGAAUUUUUCCAGAUCAGCUCAUCUGGUCUCGCCUUCGUUUGAGUCAGUCUGUAGCACAUUUGAGUCAUCACUUUUGUUCGCGUCUAAUAAUGCCGUUUUCUUACACUACGCUCCUCUUCCUUUGCGCCAUUUCGUGAGAGAAACGACGCAGCAGACCGUGACCCCGGUUUCCUCAUCUGGCGCUGCUUCGUCACAUGUUCUGCAACUCGACUUCGACUGAGAUAUUGGUUUGAAUAGAAAGAAACGCAACAGUGCUUAGCAUACUCUCGAGCGGCGUUUCCUGGAGGGAGUCUAUCGUAGACCCCACUUGCUUUGCUUGUCAAUCGACUUUGCGUCUCUAGUCGCCGUUCCAGAUACCCUCUGUCAACUGUGCUCCUCCAGUUAGGGGUCUUCCGCCAAAAGACAUAACAACCCCGCAGUGACUGCCUUUAUUUCUGCCGUCGUACUUACCUUGUUCGUUUGCUUCUUUGGUCGUCUACUCUCCCCUGUCCGUUACAAGGCCUGUGACGCGAAAUUAAUUGACGUGACACCUUGGCUGAACUGUCAAGAAAGAUGUCGCCAGUCACCCGCUUAUUCUGGCAGCUUUAGUAUGUGGAGACUAGUCAGAUACUAUCUUACGUGCAUGAAAGGGCGCCUUGUAGCGGAGGUGUCUCAUAUCAUGUAGCGCCGAGACUUUUCAGCCGCCUACUUGCCUAGUUCGAGAGUCUCGUCUCAGCUGUACGUACACCUGAUUUUGUCAAAGAUGGGUAUCGAAACAAUUUCGGCUGUAAGCAGUGUCGACGGCAACACAACGGCUGCUGCGACAGACGGCGAACUUGGGUGUCCGGCACCGGGCUCUGAAAGAUCUUUAAAAAAGACUUUUCACCACAGGCCACAACCUUUUGAUCGCCAAACGCGGUAUGCCCACAGCAAAUCGGGGAAGGUGCUGCAUAAUGCAAAUUACUUGCAGCGCCUCCGUGUUGUCGAAGGAGCAGGCCGCACUCCGAGUGUCGAGCCAUUCGACAAAAUCAUUCUUUCUUUCGACUUCUACCAGGAUAUUCGAGAUGAGAAGUGCCGGACAAAAGAGUGUAGCUCUUUGGCUGCAUCUCCUGGCGCAUCUGUGUCGUCCGAUGGCAACGCAACAAAUUCGAGCGCCGCCUCGCACACACCAGACAGUGGAGUGGACCACGAGUCCGGUGCGGACAAGACAUCACAAUCGCAAGCCCUAAACAGCGGACAAGAUGCCCUUCCUGCGACGGUAGACAACGUGCAGCAGCCGGACACACACACGGGAGAGAACUCGAGCAAUCGUUGUCCUGCGGGUGUACUCGAAGAGGACGCUUCGGCCACCGAUUGCUCUGCAAAUGCUCGGCCAGAUCCACGUGGUGCUGUAGAGCCAGACGAUGUGGAAGACUCUGAAGACGAGGACAGCGACGAUGAGUUCUCGGUUUCGAGGUUGCGAACAGUUCCGACUUACUUCAAUUCUACGGAAGACUACGUUGACACGUUUUUCCCGCUGUUUAUUCAAGAAGCGAAACAGUCCAUCCACCGGGCAAAGAAGUUGGAAAUGAGCAAAGCUGAACGCUUCAUCCAGGUUAACGGUGAGCCUCAAGGAGACUUUAUCUAUCUCACCCUUGAGCGCGCGCAACUCCUAACUCCACACUCGAGUCACUACUGCCACAACGACCUCGUUUUGCUCUAUCUUCCCGAGGAUCAGAACCGCCAGGCGGAUCUGCCCAGUGUGCCGACGCCGGCUGGAGCUACCGCGUUGGGAAGUUCUGGUCGGGGGGUGCACGAGGAAUCGAAGGGCGACGCGUUUGCGCCGGACGUCUUUGGCUCAGCGGACACUUCGGUGAUGAAGCCAGAAGACAUAGAGUUGCAGCUGGAACAAGGCGGUGAAGGCGACGCGAGUCACGACCUCACAACUGUUCACAAGGUUCACGUGCUCGGCAUUGUCCAGCAGUCGGUCCGCAGCACCCUGGUUGUCAAGAUUUUGAUGCCGGUUCUGUCGCAGCUCGAGGAAACGGGUGGAGCCUCAUACGACUCCCAGGAAGAAGGGCCAGAGCAAGCGGACGGAACAGGGAAUAAACUACUCGAGCACGAGAAGAAGAGCAAAAAGAGCUGGAACGGCGACGGCAUCGAUGGUGAUGUAGACGAGAUCCACAGACGCAAGAAACUCGAGGCACUGCGACGUUCCAGAAAGCAAAAGCGACGGAAGGCCAGACGCGAGAGAAUUCUGGCAUUGACUGAAGCCUUGAACGAUUGGCAAACGCCGUGGCGCGUUUGCAGAGUUAUGGGCCUUACUACGCUCCAUCGCGAGUUUCAGGGCUUGAUGUCGGUUCCCGAUCUCCUUAUCAAGAAGCAGAUUUUGUGCCCGAGCCGAGGAGCUCUGGGGUCGUCGGCUACGCCGCUGAAGAAUCCUAUGCUGGAAGAUUUGACCCCCCAAGACUCUUCCGAGUCACGUACCGGCGGCGCUACGUCUGGUGAAGAAGGUACAGGCAGCUCCCCUUCAACAAUGGCGUCGACGGAAGACAAGGCAGAGCAGACGCCUGACGAAGCAUUGACUCUGGCGACGUGCCAGCAGUUGUUUAUUUCGUCAAAGCUGCGGGAGUCUCUUCACCAGCUGUACAACGCUAGCCAGCUGGAUGCCCUCAAUGACUGCUUGAAAAUUCAAGGCGUCACGCUCAUUCAAGGCCCCCCGGGGACAGGGAAGACCACAACCAUCAUGGCGGUUAUUUCUGUCGUCUUGAAUGCCCAGAUGGAGAGCACCGACGGAAGCACAGUUCGGGUGAACGUUGUGGGUGAUGCUUCGGGAACUGACGAAGGGCCGCCGAGCGCUGCCGUUGCGAACCCAGGCGAUGGCAGGCUAGUCACCGCAGCGGUGGACGAGACAGAACAGGAAAAGGCUAAACGGCGGGAGACUGCAGAAGUAGAAAUCAAGAAGAAACUUGCAGGCGCGCAGCCUUGGCUCUCCUUUGGGGAGUACGUUCCAUGGAUGGACGAGGUAGUUUGCAUGACUGAAGACUUGGAAGGCAGCGACGCCCACUGGAGUGCCUCUGCCACAGCGAAUGGGGUCAGCGAUCCCCAACGUGUUUUCCUCGACAAAGGAAGAAAUGCCCUGCUGCCCAACCGGGUGCUCGUCUGUGCUCCUUCGAACGCUGCGAUCGACGAAAUUUUGAAGCGUCUCGUGGCGGAACCCAGCAAGGGCGGAGGCAUUUUCGAUUCACAAGGAAAACGCUACACUCCUUCAGUUGUUCGUGUCGGUCCGAACGUCCAUCCAGACUUGGUUCACUACAGUCUGGAGUAUAAGGCGAACCAGCUAAUGAAGGCGAAAGGCGCGACGCAUUUCUCUGCACUUGCUGCUAUUAAGGCUGAAAUUCUACAAGAAAGCCGCAUUGUCUGCGCCACACUUUCUGUCUCUGGCUGCCGAGACAUAGCCGCCGCCACAGAGGCUUUCGACACUGUCGUUAUUGACGAAGCUUCGCAGGGUGUUGAAAUGUCGACCCUUAUUCCGUUACGACUCGGCUGUCGGCGUCUCAUCCUUGUUGGUGAUCCUCGGCAGUUGCCUGCAACGAUUUUCUCGCGGGUGGCCAUUCAGCAUCGGUAUGAUCAGUCGCUCUUCCAACGUCUUGAGGCUGCUGGCCAUAAGGUUAACAUGCUCAGUGUGCAGUAUCGCAUGCAUCCAUGCAUCAGCAAAUUUGCGAGCAGCACCUUCUACCAAAACCAGCUCCAAGAUGCCGAGAAUAUUGUCGGUCUUGUUCGCCCGCCAAUCCCGUGGUAUUCGAUUCCCAUUUUCAAGCCCCUGGUGUUCUUCGCCAUUAACACGAGCCACACGGAGGAGAAUACGUCUCUCAUCAACGUCGAUGAAGCGAACUUCGUUUGCCAGUUGGUCGAUCUGUUGAAACGCAUCUUUGUUGCUCUAGGUCGAACGGAUUGGGAAGGAAAGUUGGCAAUUAUCAGUCCGUAUGCGCAGCAGGUCUCUUUGCUCCGACAGCGCAUCAAGGCUCAGCUGAGGAUAACCGACAAUAAAGCCUGUCCAAUCGAUGUCAACACAGUUGACGGAUUUCAGGGACAAGAGAAGGACCUCAUCAUCUUCUCUGCGGUUCGUGCGCAAUACACGAACCCGACAACUGCACAAACGAAACUAAACACGUCAAUAGGUUUCUUGGCUGACGAAAGGCGUAUCAACGUCGCCUUAACAAGGGGACGGACAAAUCUAUGGAUCGUAGGCAACGGGCGCUUUUUGAUGAGCAACCACCAUUGGCGGUGCCUGUGGAAGUACACGAAGGAGCUGGGCACCUUGAUUUCCAUUGAAGAAAAAUUCAUGAAGACAGAGCUUCUGCUUGCCAAGUGGCUACUAAAGUUCACCAAUAAGCACCCGCCGGAGAAAAGCAUGCUGGACGAACAGGUGCCGUCUUUCUUACCGGCUCUGGAGAAGGACGUCAAGGAGUGCGCGGCAGCCAGAAAGGCAAGAAAAGUUUCCACCGAGGAUGUGGCUAUAGUCUCUCCAGGGAAAGAGUGACCAACUUCGCUUCAAAGCUCUCUAAAAGCAGUUUUAGUUUUUAUUGCGUGUGGCGAACAAUCCAACGUAAAAGGCUUGUCGAAGCGUUGCAAGUUCGUGGUGUUGUGUCUCUUCCCUCUCCACGCUUGCCAUUCACCGUUUACCGAUCGGAAAGAGCAAAGGACCAUGAAGUGACAGUCCUCCGAGCAAUCUUACCUGUUGAAAGAGGGGAGAAAUCCGAGAUCGGGCCUUGUUAUGGGCACAUUACAAUUGGCGGUUCCAUUCUGACAUCCGACUACUCAUCAUGAGCUGUCUGGUAGCAGAAACACUUUUUGUGGGCAGGCACGUAACUGAAAGCGUUAACUGCUUGUGAAAGUCUUUGUUGCGCUGAUACUGUCAGAAAUCCACCUUGAGUAACCUUGAGGAAAUAUAGCCCUGUAUCAUAUCGUUUCCUGCCCCGCUCAAAGCCUUUCACUGUGCAAGGAACACUACUACCUGCUUGCAAUAAAAUGGUAGGUAACCGCAGUGCCUUCCGUAUACUGACGUCCCAACAGUUGUAGUGUCCAAAUAUUAAGCAUUUUUUACCGUUCCGCCGACCCUGCCAAGGGACUUCCGACGUGCUGCAUUCCCGUAAACGCGCCUCACACGGGCUCGGUAACAUGGCUGGCAAAACGCGGAAUCCGACUGGACAGUUU